UCAGCUAGUUUGCUUGUGGAACAAUAGAAGAAUAGUCCUCCCGCGUAGUGUUCAGUGAUCGCAGAAACUAUCAACACUUAAGACUUGAAAGGAUGCGGAUAUCGCCGUUCCCGGGAGGGAUCUGGAUUAGUUGUGUCAUACUUGGGAUCUUGGCUGCGGAGCCAGUCUUUGGACAGCUACCGCGCAACCCGUGUUUGCCACGAUGUGUAACGUGGCAGGAGAUCUACACCCUUUGGCCGACGGCCAACGAACAGGAGUACUGGCAGUGUGUGGCGAUGGAGAGCGAUGAGUGGUGGACACUUCAGCGAAUCACGUGCCCCGAAGGGUCGGUAUUUGAUUACGGGUGGCAGCUCUGCGUUGACCGCAAUUAUGUUCAGGGAACAGUAUCAGUUCAGUGUGGUGUGAAGACUCCUGAAGUGCCUCCGAUGGAGGGAUCUCUUGGAGUUUGUCCCGAACCUGGAUGCGUAACGUUCGAGCAGAUCAACACGCUGUGGGCGAUUCCAGAUCCGGAGUUCUUCCUGCAGUGCCGCCCCGAACCGGACGCAACUUGGGUGCUCAAGCAGAUGCCAUGUGCUCCCGGAACGUUGUUCCACUUUGGAUUGCAAACCUGUGUAACUCCAGACGAAUGGCUCGCUUGUGACGGCCAGGUUCCGAACGAACCAACGGAUGUUCCACCAGUACCUUCUCCGGCUCCGACUCCAGUGACCACAGUUGCUCCUACACCACCUCCUGUAACUACCGUAACACCAACGCUACCUCCAGUUACCACCGUUACGCCAACGUUACCUCCAGUUACCACCGUUACGCCAACCUUACCUCCAGUUACCACCGUUACACCAACGCUACCUCCAGUUACCACCGUUACGCCAACCUUACCUCCAGUUACCACCGUUACGCCAACGCUGCCUCCAGUUACCACAGCUCCACCCCCGGUCACCACCGCAGACCCCGACCAGGACGUGGGAGACUUCUGUAUCGAACCUCUGUGCGACACCUGGCAGAACAUCAACACGCUGUGGCCACUGCGGGAUCCGAACUUCUUCUACCAGUGCCGCCCGGCGUUCGGUGGCGGCUGGAUUCCCCAGCAAAUGCCGUGCGCCCCCGGCACGGUGUUCAGCUUCCGGCACCAGGUGUGCGUGUGGCCCAUCCAGUGGGUGGAUCCUUGCGGGCCUGCUGAUCCAACCACCGAUGACGAUGUAACUGACGCGCCUACUACUGUGACAACUGGGAAACCUACACCAACUGGAACUCCCUAUCCGAGCCCGAUCCCAACAACCACGCCAGAAACUACCACACCAACAGCGGUACCUCCGCCUCCCGGAGUGGACUGUCUUCGACCGAACUGCGUUUUCCUGCAGAACACGGACAUUCUCUGGCCAACCAGGACUCCGCAAGACUUCUAUCGCUGUAUCUUCCUGCUGGACACGUUCUGGUUCCCAUUCCUGGACACUUGUCCAUUUGGGAAGUACUUCAGCUUCGAGUACCAGAGCUGCGUGGAUCCGCUGGACUGGAACGACGUUUGCGCAGCCGUUCCGGAGGAUAUCACCACAACUCAGAUGACAACGACUGAAGCCGUCGACGAAGGAAUUGAUCCGUUGCCGGUCAUCUGUGGAUCACCACGCUGCGAUACGGUUCGCGAGCGGGAACUUCUCUGGCCAAGCACAGUUGCUAACCAGUUCUACGAAUGUGUCUGGGUCGAGCGCUUCUUCCAGUUCAUUCCAUUCCCGAAGCGUUGUCCAAACUUUUAUCUGUUCGACUUCAUGAAGCAGGACUGUGUUCAUCCACUUGAGUGGACCGACAUUUGUCCGAUCUACCCUACGCUACCACCCAGCUGUCCGGACUGCUGCCCGACUUGUCCACCAGGAGAGACCACCACCACGGUCGCUCCUAGCGAUCCCAUAAACGUACAGCUUCCGAUUGUGUGUGGGGUGCCACGCUGUCGCGACGAGGACGAAAUCGCGUUUCUUUGGCCCGAUCUAGACCCGCGGGCGUAUCACCGGUGCAUGCCCACCACAAACGAGUGGCAUCAGGCGGUUAUCUCGUGGUGCGAAGUUGGGGAGAUGUUCCAAACUCUGGAACAGCGGUGCGUACCCGAGGAAGAGUACGAAGAUAUCAUCUGUCCCAUCUAUUCGGAGCCCAUUACGGCGGGUACCGCCGGAACACCGACGGAAGCACCAGUCACUACUCCGGAAGAGCCGGAAAUCGAACCGGAACUAACUUGUGUUGAUGACUUCGAUCCAACUAGCCUCUAUCCGAUCACUUGCGAUGUACCGCGCUGUGUCACCCAGGGUGAUCAGAACAUCCGCUGGCCAGCAACCGACAGCGAGACCUACUUUGUUUGUCAAGCCCUUGGAGUCGGUAGCAUUCAGUUCCCAAGCCGGAUGCGUUGCGCCGCAGGAACUCGUUUUGACUUCUUCCGUCAGUGCUGUACCGUCGAGAUUGCUACCGUAGAAGUUUGUCCCGUUUUCCCUAUCGCUAAUCCCGUCCUAACGUGCUCCAGCGAGUUCAACGUGUCCAGCAUCCUCCCGGCAGCUUGCGACGUUCCUCGUUGCAACGGUCCCUCAGAAAUCGUUACCUUCUGGCCUUCCCAGCUACCCAACAAGUACUACGAGUGCAGCGAAAACACCUUCGGGAACCUUUUCCCGCUUAUGCAAGACUGCCCCACCGGAACCUCCUUCGAUUUCUUCCAGCAGUGCUGCACGAUCGAACCGGCCCUCACGGCCGCCGAAGUUUGCACCCUCUUCAACGAACCACCAGCAGUCCCGUCCAUUAUCCCGGAACCGGCCCCCAUGCCCCUCCUAAUCUGCGACCGCCCACGCUGUGAAACCCCGGAAGAGCGCGCCCAGAUGUGGCCGUCGCGAGACCCGACCCUUUACUACACCUGCGGAACCGACUGGGACGGAACGUGGCGUCCGUACCAGUACAGCUGCUCGUCCGGCACGCUGUUCCUGGCGGACCGGCAGCUUUGCGGUGAGCCGUGGCUGUGGCAGGAGACCUGCGGUGAGGAGGAGCCGGCGACUUCGACGACGGAAGAUGUGACGGAUGCCAGUACGCAGCCAUCGCCGAACUUGACACCGCCGAAUUUGCUGCGCAAGUGAGCUGAGGGACAGCUUUUUUGUUUGUUGUAAUAUAAUUUUUAAAUAUUUUGAGUGGAAUAAAUGUUAUGAACCCCAAAAA